CCCUAAAAAGACUGAAUAUCUGAUGAUAUCUGAUACCGACAGUGUCAUUAGUAUCAAGGAAAAAAUCGAGGAAUGUCAAGGGGGGUGAUUUCCCUAAGAUUCAACCAAGAUCAUGGUUGUUUCACAUGUGCAACAGAAACAGGACUGAAGAUGUACAAUGUAGAACCACUGACACAAAAGCUUACACUAGGACAAGAUGUGGUGGGGAGUAUUGCUUGUGCAGAAAUGUUGUUUCGCUCCAAUAUUGUAGCCAUGGUUGGAGGGGGAUCCUCACCUAGAUAUGAUGAAAAAGCUGCUCUGAUUUGGGAUGACACUGCAAAGAAGGUUGUCAUGGAUGUUUCCUUCAACCAACCAGUUGUGUCAAUAAAACUCAAGUAUGACAGGUUGAUUGUUGUUCUUAGAAAUCAAAUCUAUGUGUUCAGUUUUCCAAAUAACCCUACAAUGUUGCACUCCUUUGACACAAGGGAUAAUCCAAAAGGUCUGUGUGAUGUCUCUCCCUUUGGACAAGUGAUGGCUUUCCCAGGUCAAAAAUGUGGCAGUGUUCAGAUUGCUGAUCUUGAGACCACACAGCCUGGACAGUCCACAUCUCCUGUAACAGUUAGUGCCCACCAGGGGGAGAUAGCAUGCCUCACUCUAAAUCAGCAGGGGACACUACUGGCUACUGCCUCCAAGAAAGGAACAUUGAUUCGAGUGUUUGACACAUCAACAAAGAAGCUAGUUGUGGAACUGCGGAGGGGAGCUGACCCAGCUACUUUAUACUGUAUAUCGUUCAGUCAUGAUUCUUCAUUCUUGUGUGCCUCCAGUGAUAAAGGGACCAUUCAUAUCUUUGCUGUAAAAGAUACAAGUCUGAACAGGCGAUCAACGUUUAAAACAAUGGGAUUUCUAGGAACAUAUGUGGAGUCCCAAUGGGGCCUGGCCAGUUUUACUGUGGCUGCAGAGUGUGCAUGUAUUUGUGCCUUUGGCCCAGGACAUUCUGUAAUAGCUGUGUGUGUAGAUGGGACUUUUCACAAGUAUGUGUUCACAACUGAUGGAAACUGCAACAGAGAAGCCUAUGAUGUGUAUCUAGACAUUGGAGAUGAUUUUGAAUGAACAACGGAUUUAAGGGAUAAAAUACCAUAUAUUUUCACAUGUACAUAUUAUGGACGUUGAUGGUAUAAUAUACUCAUUUCAUUAUCUCAUUUCUUUCUUCAAAGACUAUCAUAAUUUUUGUCUAGUCACACAAUAAAAAAGGAUUUGUGAUGUUUCCUCUUCCUUCAGCAUUUGUAUUUUGCAUAUUACAAAAAAUGCAGCAAAUGAGUGUACAGUGUUGAUCAUUGUUACUUCAAUUUAGAUCAAAGUUGAAACUCUUUGUGUAUACAUGUACAUGUACUGUAUAAAUAGAUGACACCAUUUUAUCAUA